ACAGGGCGUGUUCCGUCAUUCAUGAAACCUGAAACUGUUUGCAUGCUGAGUUCACAUGGUGGAAAUUUCCACUAUCUGCUGUUAAAUGCUGAGGAUAUCCCCUCUGAAAUUACAAUUCUCUGUUGCUCCCGUUUUCUUACUUGGUUCACAUUGCAUUUCCAAGGCUGAGGGGACAAGGAUUGGAUUUCCCCACCGAUGUUAGACACAACCCAUUCCAUGGCAAGGACAUCGUGCGCAAAAACAAAACCAGUAUCUGCCUGAACCUUAUGGUGAGCUGUAUGCGCCAGACAACAGGUAUCAGCUGGAGGAACUAAGCGGGUCGAGCCGCCUCAGUGGUGAGGGAAAGGAUCUGCCAACAUUUUGUGUCUAAACCCUGCAUCAGGACUACACUGUUUCCGCCAUCUUGAGAACACGCUGUCCAGGAAAUCAAUACUGAAAUUGACAGAAUACAUCGACUCCCCUAAAAUAUUUGUGCUGGUUUCUUUUUUCUUACUGACCUUGUUUUGACUGAAGAUAUGGAUCGCAUUGAGCUUAGUAAAGUCAACAAUGAGGCUGAUGAUGAGACCAACAGUGAUGAAAGUAUGGAUGAAGGCUAUACCAAAUUACCAAACGCAGAGAAAGCUGCAAUCAGCAGUCAAUUUGCUGAAGAAGACGACGCUGAAAGUCAGAGGUUUUUAACGAGUGAAUAUUUAAGGAAAACAAAAUAUGAAGAAUUUCAGGAAGAAUGUCAUCCGGGGAUGACGUCAUUUGGAAUGUCAGCAUUUAACCUCAGCAAUGCCAUCAUGGGCAGUGGUAUCCUUGGCCUGUCCUACGCUAUGGCCAACACUGGCAUCCUUCUCUUUGUGAUCCUAUUAGUUGCAGUGGCAAUUUUAUCCCUGUAUUCUGUUCACCUCUUACUAAAGACUGCAAAAGAAGGAGGCUCUUUGAUUUACGAGAAAUUAGGAGAGCGAGCAUUUGGGUGGCCUGGGAAAAUUACAGCUUUCGGCUGUAUUACAUUGCAAAAUAUUGGAGCCAUGUCAAGUUAUCUAUUCAUUGUGAAAUAUGAACUACCGGAAGUUAUUCGUGCAUUUAUGGGAAUUGAAGAGAUCCGUGGACUCUGGUAUACAAAUGGCAAUUACCUUGUUGUCAUUGUUUCACUGUGCAUCAUCCUGCCCCUGACUUUUUUGAAAAAUCUAGGGUACCUUGGAUACACGAGUGGAUUUUCUCUUUCUUGUAUGGUCUUCUUUGUUGGCGUUGUAAUAUACAAGAGAUCUGAGAUCCCCUGCCCAUUGCCCGGACACUAUUCAGGAAAUCUGACCUCGCUGGAAAAUACUACAGGGCAUAUGGGAGCAAUGCAUCCAAUGGCGCUCAACAGAUCCACCAACGAAGAUGUAGACUUCAAGAUGCCCUUAGUCAAUGGACACACCGAAGUUGAUUCUCACACCUACACUAAUGGCUUCAGUCAUGAUGCUCAUGAUGUAGAUGACAUGUGCAAACCAAAAUACUUUAUAUUCAACUCACAGACUGCCUACACCAUUCCCAUCUUGGCCUUUGCGUUUGUGUGUCACCCUGAAGUGCUCCCAAUCUACAGUGAGCUUAAAGAUCGAUCGCAAAAGAAAAUGCAACAUGUCUCCAACGUGUCGAUUACUGCAAUGCUCAUCAUGUACCUACUGGCCGCUUUAUUUGGCUACCUGACCUUUCUUGGACAAGUUGAGACUGAAUUGCUGCAUACCUACACUAGAGUCUACCAAUUUGAUAUCCUGAUUGUGUGUGUUCGCGUGGCUGUGUUGGUAGCUGUCACACUGACUGUCCCCAUCGUGCUAUUCCCGAUCCGAGCAUCAAUCCAGGAAAUAAUGUUUCCAAGGAGGUCAUUCAACUGGAUACGGCAUAUUGGAAUUGCAGCAAUCCUGCUGGUUUUAAACAACCUUCUAGUGAUAUUCGUUCCAAACAUUAGAGAUAUUUUUGGCUUCAUUGGGGCAUCUGCAGCUACAAUGCUGAUCUUCAUUCUUCCCUCGGCGUGUUAUAUCAGGCUUGUAAAGAAAGAAUCAAUGAGGUCCAUGCAGAAGAUUGGGGCUACAAUUUUUCUCGUGAUUGGCAUCAUUUUUAUGAUUGGAAGCUUGACCCUUAUUGUCAGUGAUUGGAUUCACAACCCCCCAGGUUCCGGUGGCCAUUAACCUUCUGCUUGAUGUUGCUAAAUGGAACCAUCAGCUAUGCAUCCUGUGAAUAACCGUGGACACAGAGACUGUGCAAGUGGAUGCUAUUCCUCAUUUUACUUCAAAAGGCAAGAUUCCAGGACUUGAGCAUACCUCAUGUGAAGGCUCGACGCCAACUGUAGAUAAAAGAAGGCUUGUCCUUACAAGGGAUUGUAUCAGUUCUUUUUAAGUUAACUUUAGAUUUCAGAGGGAAACCGAUUAAGGAUGGAUAACAUUUGCAGUGAAUGGAUACAGGGUAGCACCAUGAACACGGACGGCACAGUGGCACAACUGUUAGAACUGCUGCCUCACAGCGCCAGAGACCCGGGUUCAAUACUGACCUCGGGUACUAUCUGUGUAGAGUUUGCAUGUUCUGUUCUCCCUGUUGCUUUCCUCUUGAGUGCUCCGGUUUCCUACCACAUCCCAAAGACGCGCAGGUUUGUAGAUUAAUUGACCUCUGUAAAUUGCCCCCACGUGGAUGUGAAAGUGGGAUAACAUAGAACAAGUGUGAAUGAGUGAUCGAUGGUCAGCGUGGUUUUGGUGGGCCGAAAUAGGACCUGUCUCCAUGCAGUAUCUUUCAAUUGAUUCAAAAUUGUAUCACAAGUAUAAUUGCUUUUUGUAAUUAACAUGUAAUAUGUGUCUGCUGCUAGAUUACAGGAAAACUGUUAUCUUUGAUGUUAUGAUAGCUUGCAUAUAGUUUUUAAAUCUGGAUUUUCAAACAUAUAGGUCAAGGGAGUUGGCUGCUGAAUUUGCCUCUCUUUUAAAGUAAAGGGUGGCACAGUGGUAAAGCUGCUGCCUCACAGCACCAUAGACCCAGGUUCAAUCCUGAUCUUGGGUGUUGUCCGUGUGGAGUUUGCAUGUUCGGGUUUGUAGGUUAAUUGGCCUCUGUGAAUUGCCCGUAGUGUAUAGUGGGAUAAAUAGUGUGAACGGGUGAUCAAUGUGCGACGUGGACUCGGUGUGCCGACAGGUUUGUUUCUAUGCUGUAUCUCUAAACUAAACUACAAGGAAUGUAGUUUAGCUUGUCUGAUCUACUCAUCGAAUGAGAAGAUUGCCACAACCACUCACCCCACCCCGUACAAAUCUCACCCACUCCUUUUAGAGCUCUUUUGCUUUUCAGUUAAAAGAUUACCUUUAGAAAUAAUGCAUCACCAGAGAUGUUUUGUACAUCAGUAAACAAGGACCAGAUCCUGUAUCCCAUCACUGCUAACACGGUCAACCUUUGUUGUCUCCCCAAUUCUAUGCUAUGGUUCUGGCCAAGUUUUUUUUGUUCCUCUUAUCCCUAACAAAGAAGCACAAACUAUGUGAUGCAAUUAUGCCACUUCUGUUGCCUAGGUAACAGAGUAGCCUUAUUUCAAUCUGAAUUUUAACCUGUUAAGGUAUACAGAGACUGGAAACACAUCCUUAAUGUAACAAGAACAUUGGUAUAACGACAACUAUUUAUCACUUUCCGAAGUCAAAGCUCACGUUUUAUCUAAAUCACACAAACGGCAGUUUAACUUCAGCUUCCUUCUGUAGCAAUGGUGCAUCUGUAUAUAUAUAUAUAUAUUUUUAUUACUAAAUAAAAUCUCUCUUCCGAAUGGUGUUUUGAAAGUACUCUGUUGAAUGCCAUUGAACAAGUGUGGGUUUUAUAGUAACAUUGUCUUCCAAAUACAUGGGAAGGGAGAUUCUUGUAAUAACCUACAUUGAGUUAAACCAACACUCGCUGUCAAAAAUAUUCUGCUGCAGCCAACUAUAAUUUCAUCAUUGUAUAUAAAUAUUAAUCUUUUUAACAAGUUGAUAUAAUUGGAAUUAAAAUGUAUAGUACCUUUGUGUUUAGUUAUUUUUUUAAGAUUCCAGAAAGAUGAAUUAUUCAAAUUUAUUGUUAAACUAGCCUUGGCUCAGUUCGCCAACAAAGUUGUUUUAUGGGUUGAGUUCUACACCAUCUCAACUAUGACUUCAAUCCAAAUCUUCAGUUAGUUGUACACAAUGCAAUAAGUGCAUGGACGGCUACUCUGGCGUGUUGUGUUUAUUGAUCUGAUGUUGAAAAUAAAAUGUUUAAAUUAAUGGAAUAAAAUAAACUCAUACUUUGCUAGUUUGAUGAUAAUAUUCUGGAAGGUUAAUACCAAUCUAUAAUAACACAAAAGUGCUGGAGUAACUCAACGGAUCAAGCUGCAUCAAUGGAGAGCAUGGAUAGCUGACGUUUCAGUACUUCGAAGAAGGAUCCCGACCUGAAACGUCACCAAUCCAUGAUCUCCAGGGAUGCUGCAAAACCCACUGAGUUAUUCCAGCACCUUGUGUCAUUUUUGUGUAAACCAGCUUCUGCAGUUCCUUAUUUCUCUAUCUCUAUGAUUUAUUUGAUACACAGAACUUCAAAGCUACUUUUAUUUUUCUCUAUUUCCAUUUGCUAUUUUUCUGCUUUACAAGUAAUUUUGUAUCAUGAUGUCAGGGUCUACAGCAUUAGAGUGGAGAAGAAAUGGCAAGUGGAGUUAAUUUUAUUUAACUAGUCAAAAGUGGAUAUUAUUUAAAGUUAUUUUGUGGAUCCAAGUGUGUUUGAUAAGCAGUUUAUCCAUGUGUACAUGCUUUGAAUGAUCUUGGGGUGGAUUUACUUGAGAAUGUUAUCUGUUGUAAAUAGGAAUGUCCAGUGUGAACUUGCGUAAGUCUUAAAUGCUGAAACCCUGCAGUGAAUCACUCUUGUGAGGGAUUACUAUCGCACAAACCUUACGAUUGGAUUUGGAUGAGUUCCUUGUGGCCUUGAUAGGUAUCAAGGAUGAAAAUUCCAUGGGCAGAAGAAUUUGAGAAGGGCAAAGGGCAAUAUUGUUAUUAAGGCAAAGAAGUCCCUAUGGACAAAGUUAACUUGUAAUGCUUAGAUGUAGAUUGGUCUUUUGGAUUGUCUUGCUUUCAAAAAUAAAGUUUAUUGGUAAUAAAAAAUAUACAAAACAAAACAGUGCAAAAUUCUCCAACACAUUCUUAGCGUCUGUCUAUACAUUCAAUAUUACUAGUUUUAUACCCAAAUGUGUUAGCAUCUUUCUUUUUCCUUAUACAUAGCACAAUGGGGUGAUAUCCCACCCCUUGCUUGAGGGGUGUCACCACUGGACUCGGCCCAUCAAUGUCCAGUAGCGAUGGACUUUCGAUGAUGGUCCUUCCCCACAGAGCCUCCGUGUUGACUGCAUCGAGCUUCAGUGCAUCUCUCAGCAUGUACUCCUGCAGUCUGGAAUGGGCCAGUCGGCAACAUUCCCUGACGGACAUCUCGAUGUGCUGUAAGACCACUGCUUUUCUCUCUGAUAAUUAAGCUUUUAACUCACAUGGAUUAUUUCAUCUUUUCUGUGAGAUAUUGGACUCUGAGGGUUGCUCCAUGUGAUGCACUGACAGCGAAUGUCCACACAGCCACAUGAUUUGGCUUUGUUUGGCCUUGGUGAAAUUAGGCACAUUUACCAACAUAAAACUUGGGCAGUAACUGCAAAAGUAUUGGAAUUGAAGCCCCAGACGUUUUUUGAGAAACUUUUUUAGACGCCUACUGAGCAGUUUUCUCUGAAGUUCUUUUCAGUAUUUUCUUUGUUUAUGAUUAGUAACUUACACACACACACACACAAUGACAAGUUGCCUUUUAUUCUGAGCAAAGUUUUUGCGAGUGCAUUUUAAAAUUUAAUUCAGCAUCUGACCUUUUUGAUAAAACUGCACCUAAAUGGUUGUGUCCUCAAAUGUCUUAUUAUCAGUGUACCUUCAAAACAGUUUGUUUUGCAACAUGAAUUAUUCACUGUAUUUGUGAAUGGCUUGUGUUUAUGUUGAGCUGGCUAAAGCUGCUAUAGCAAGCUUCAGAUUGCAUUUUGUGUUCUAGUUUACCAACAAAGAUGGUAAAAUAUUUUUCUGAUGUAGCAAUGUUUGGAAUUUAGGGCUCUUUUGUAUCAGGAGCUGUUAUGAGAAAAUGUAUAAUGCUGAAUAAAGUUGUGCAGUAUUAAACAAA